AUGGCGCGCGUCGCGAUCGCGGCGACGCCCGUCGCGCGCGCGUCGGCGUCGGCGUCGGCGUCGCGGCGAGGGAAAACGUCGACGAGACGGAUAAAAUGCGUCGCGCGCGCCGCGAGGCGGAGCGCGACGACGACGACGCGAACGCGCGAACGCGACGGCGACGCGGUGGUCGGGACCGUUGGAACGCGUGGGAUGGGCGGUGCGCGGGAUGGACGGGCGCGGACGCGGGAUGCGAGAACGCGCGCGGCGAACGCGCGGACGCGUCGGCCAGAGCUCUACGCGUUCGACGCGUCGUGGGAUCCGAUGCGGAGCGGUGAUCGACGGUUGCGAAGUGAAGAGGCGGAGACGCCGUUUCCGGAUGCGUUACCGGGACUCACGAUGGGGGCGAGCGCGGAGGAGGCGUACGAUUUGGUCAUCGUCGGGUGCGGUCCGGCGGGGCUGUCGGCGGCGGACGAGGCGUCCAAGCGCGGGUUAAGAGUCGCUUUGGUCGACCCGUAUCCGCUCGCGCCGUGGAUGAACAACUACGGGGUGUGGUGCGAUGAAUUCAAGGCUCUCGGGUUCGAUGAUUGUUAUCGCGCGAUGUGGAACAAGGCGCGGGUGAUCAUCGACGACUCGGACCCAGAGGGAAAGAUUUUGGACCGAGAGUACGCGCAGGUAGAUCGCAAGAAGCUGAAGCAAAAGCUCAUCUCGAGGAGCGUGAAACAAGGUGUGGAGUUUGGCACCGCUGCGGUGGAGAGCUGUGAUCACGGUCACGAGCAUUAUUCGACGGUGAAGCUGGACGACGGUCGCACGGUGUACGCGAAGAUGGUCUUGGACGCCACAGGGCACUCUCGCAAGUUGGUCGACUUUGACCGCGAGUUCACCCCGGGGUACCAGGCGGCGUACGGCAUAAUGUGCACGGUAGAGAAGCACCCGUUCCCGCUGGACACGAUGCUCUUCAUGGAUUGGCGGGACGAGCACCUGAGUCCGCAGUGGAAGCGCGUCAACGACAAGUUGCCGACCUUCUUGUACGCCAUGCCGUUUUCUGAAACCGAGGUGUUCCUCGAGGAGACGAGCUUGGUAGCUCGUCCUGGAUUAGAUUUCGACGAUCUGAAGCUCAAGAUGAAGGAACGUCUCGAGUACCUUGGGGUGAAGGUGACGAACAUUCACGAAGAGGAGUACUGUCUCAUCCCCAUGGGCGGCGUGCUUCCAACUUUCCCGCAGCGCACGCUCGGUAUCGGCGGCACGGCUGGCAUGGUGCAUCCGAGCACCGGAUUCAUGGUGGCAAAGACAAUGCUGUGCGUGCGAGCGCUUGUCGAGGCUCUCGAUGUCGCGCUCAAGGCUGGUAAGCGCGGCGACGUCACGGCUGUACUAGAAGCUGCUGAAGCAGCGCAGACGGGGAACGGGACGUUCGAUGCAAACGCCACCUCGGAAGUAGUUUGGAACGCAAUUUGGUCUCAAAACGAUUUGCGCAUGCGCACGUUUAUGUGCUUCGGUAUGGAGACUUUGAUGGAACUCGACAUCAAUGGGACGCGACAAUUUUUCGAUACCUUCUUCGACCUUCCCAAGGAGGUGUGGGCGGGUUUCUUGAGCUGGCGAAUUCAACCAGCGGGAUUGCUCGCACUCGGCGUGCAACUCUUCGUGUUAUUCUCCAACUACAUGCGAGUCACGUUCGUCAGGUCAGCUCUGCCGUUCAUGGGAUCGUUCUUCGCGAACUUUGCGACAGCCGAUAACAAGUUUGAUUCAAGCAAAUGGGGUGGCUUCGUGCUCGAGACUGGCUCCAAGGCUAACGCGCGAGCCGGUGAAGGACCGAUCCCUCCGCCCACGUCAAAUCCUACGGCGAAGCCUAUUACAAGCAGUCAGAUCGAUUUUGCGUCGCUUUUGAAGGAAAAGAAGCUCAGCGCGCCGGUGGACUUGAAGCCAGAGACGAUGAAAGACGACAGAGAAUGGAUCGCGUUUCAACAGCGGAAGGUUUUUAGCGAUCAGAAACCGAUCAAAGAAUACCUCGAAUAUUUAAGCGACGGAGACCAAGUGGACGUGUUAGUCGUCGGCGCUGGCCCAGCCGGUUUGUCUAUCGCGAAGGAGACCGCAAAGCUUGGCGUCAAGGUCGGCAUUGUUGCGCCGGAUACACCAUUCGUGAACAACUACGGCGUGUGGCUCGACGAAUUCCAGGCGCUCGGUCUGGAGGACUGCUUGCUUCACAAAUACGAUGAUGCAUUGGUUUGGUUCGACGAAUCUGAUCCCGCGAGCGGAAAUGACCUCAAACGGCCGUACGGUCAGGUGUGUCGCCGACGUCUUCGAGAUAGGUUGUUGCGGGAGUGCGCGGAAGCCGGUGUCAGGUACUUGCCUGGCUUGGUCGACACCGUCCGUCAUGGUGAUUCGGAGAAGGGUGAGCGAACCGAAAUUCAAGGUACGAUGAUUAAGGAUGAGAUCGUGGGGGGCAAGAAAAUGAUUGAAGAGGAAUUGCAGCGGGGCAAAGCGUUCAAGCUUUCUUCGCGGCUCGUCGUCGCGGGAACGGGUCACAACCGCGACAUUCUGCAGUACGAGGAAGGCGCGCCCCCGGGCUGGCAAACGGCGUAUGGCGUUGAAAUACGCAUUCCAAACCACGGUUUUGAUGUUAAUAAGGCCGUGUUCAUGGAUUUUCGCCAGAGUGAUCCCGAGGCCGCCGAUGAGGAGGCGGAUCAAGGCGUCUGGCGCGUGCCCUCUUUCCUCUACGUCUUGCCUGUGGACAAAGAUGUCGUGUUCGUCGAGGAGACAUGUCUCGUCGCUCGCGUACAGGUACCAUUCGAUGAGCUCAAACGGCGUUUGUAUCGCAGAAUGUCACGCAUGGGCAUGCCGAUUGUAGAGAGUGAUAUUAUUGAGGUCGAGGCGAGUUGGAUUCCGCUCGGAGGAACACCGCCGGUGGCUCCGCAACGCACCAUUGCCUACGGUGCAGCCGCCGGUAUGGUUCACCCCGCUUCCGGCUAUUCCGUCGUGAAUAGCAUAAGUACGGCGCCGCGCGUGGCCAGCGCCAUGGUCGAGGGGUUGAAAGCGGGCGGCGAGGUUGAAGCGAGUAGGCGAGCAUGGGACAUCCUUUGGGGUGCGGAGAAGCGUCGACAAAUUGGAUUCUACCAGUUCGGCAUGGAGCUCCUGAUGUCUCUUCGAAUCGAACAGAUGCGAAACUUCUUCAGCACCUUCUUCGCGCUCCCAUCGAACUUAAAUCGUGGAUUCUUGGGGAACAAGCUGUCGAGCUCGGAGCUCAUUCUCUUUGCGCUCACGACGUUCGCCAUCGGCAACAACGAGCUUCGUGGGUUACUUCUUGCGCACCUAGUCUCUAAAGGCGGUUCUGGGGUGCGUCUGGCGAAAGCGUUUGCGUACCCACUGUUACCAAAGGAUGAGAGCGGCUUGGACGUCUUGCAGGUGAAUCGUAAGGAACAAAUCGACGCAAAGAACACAACGAAGAUGAUGACGGACUAUUACGAGUCACAACGAAGCGGUAUGCUUCCAGGUUAUAUGGGUCGUGACUGGUGGUCCAUUGGUAAGCGCUCGAACUCGAACAUUGACGACGACGAGCACAAUGGUGGGUCUGCCGGCAGUAGCGGCGAUGGUGAGGACGGAGCGCGAGCGGACAGAGAGAUGGCUGGAGCUAUGCGAAUGGACGCCUCGGCCGGUGGCGCGGUGCAGUAUUGGUCCAACGGUAGUGCGGCCAUGAUCGUCACCAGCGCCGUUCGCAAGACGGGACUCAGUAGCAACGAUUUGUUCGGAGAGACUCGCAAGAAGUACUUGCCGGCAGCUUUCGUUUCGCAAGCGCCGAACGUGGUUCCACCACACCUCACCGGCACGCUGCCGGGAGACAUCGGUUGGGAUCCCUUGGCGCUCGGCGCGCAGAGCGACAUCGCGAGAUAUCGCGCCCGCGAGCUCAUUCACGGUAGAUGGGCCAUGUUGGCGUGUAUUGGCGUUCUCGUUCCCGAAUUUCUCGCCCAGAACUCUAUCUUUGGCUCCCCGGGCGAGCACUGGUGGAGCACGCGAAUCGUGAAUGAUCCGCUGGACGGCUUCCAGCUCACAUACUUGGGCGAGAACAUCCCGUGGGGUCUCUUCUGGCUCCCGUUGAUUCAUCUCCCUCUCAUGUUCGUCGCCGAAUCCUUACGCAACGGCACCUACGAGCUCGCCGCGUUCAAGGAUCUCGACAAGCUCUACCCCGGCGGUCGCCUAUUCGACCCGCUCGGCUUGGCCGCCGGCCAAACCGAGGAGGACCUCAACAUCUUAAAAACCAUCGAGAUCCAACACGCCAGGCUCGCGAUGUGCGCCUUCAGUGUCUUCCUCAUCGAGGGCGCCGCCGGCAGCGGCCCGUUCGACUUUUAG